GCCGUUUGGGGCGGGGGAGGGAUUGAUGUGGAGGCCGAGAGCGGCAGCGCCGCCGCCAUGCAGCCCCCGCCGAGGAAGGUGAAAAUUACUCAAGAGCUGAAACUCAUUCAGACGGAGCAGAUGACAAAACUUCAAGCCAAACAUCAGGCAGAAUGUGACUUACUUGAAGAUAUGAGGACAUUCAGCCAGAAGAAAGCUGCCAUUGAGAGAGAAUACGCACAGGGCGUUCAGAAAUUGGCUAGCCAGUACUUAAAGAAAGAAUGGCCUGGAGUGAAAGUGGACGAGCGCAAUGAUUUUAGGAGCAUGUAUCCCGUCUGGAAGUCGUUUCUUGAAGGCACGAUGCAGGUGGCCCAGUCGAGGCUCAAUAUCUGCGAAAACUACAAGAACCUGAUUUCUGAGCCUGCCAGAGCCGUGAAGUGUUUCAAAGACCAGCAACUGAAAAAGUGCGUCGACCAGCUGACCAGGAUCCAGGCUGAAUUGCAAGAGACAAUUAAAGACUUGGCCAAGGGCAAGAAGAAGUACUUUGAGACCGAGCAGAUGGCUCAUGCCGUCCGUGAAAAAGCGGAUAUCGAGGCCAAGUCUAAACUUAGUCUCUUUCAGUCGAGGAUAAGCUUACAGAAAGCAAGUGUAAAGUUAAAAGCACGGCGGUCGGAGUGUAAUUCCAAAGCCACUCACGCAAGGAAUGACUACCUUCUCACUUUAGCAGCCGCGAACGCACACCAAGAUCGCUACUAUCAGACCGACUUAGUGAACAUUAUGAAGGCUCUUGAUGGGAAUGUAUAUGAUCACCUUAAGGAUUAUUUAAUGGCAUUCAGCAGGACUGAAUUAGAAAUAUGCCAAGCUGUACAAAGCACAUUCCAGUUUCUUUUGGAAACGUCCGGUCGGGUAGUGCGAGAUUACAGUUUUCAGCUGUUCCUUCAAGACAACUCGGUGUUUCAUAAACCACAGCCUUUCCAGUUCCAGCCCUGCGACAGUGACACCAGUCGGCAACUGGAAUCCGAGACGGGGACGACGGAAGAGCACAGCCUGAACAAGGAGGCCCGGAAAUGGGCCACGCGAGUGGCACGGGAGCACAAGAACAUCAUCCACAGCCAGCGGGCUCUUGAGGAGUUGGAGUGCCAUGGGCCCGUGGCUUCCGAACAAAGCCGAGCAGAGCUGGAGCAGAAGAUCGACGAAGCCAGAGAGAGCAUCCGCAAAGCCGAGAUAAUAAAGCUGAAAGCGGAAGCUCGACUUGACCUCUUAAAACAGAUCGGCGUUUCAGUGGAUACGUGGCUGAAAAGCGCCAUGAACCAAGUGAUGGAGGAACUGGAGAACGAGCGAUGGGCAAGUCUCCCUACGGUGACCAACAACGGCUCCUCGCACUUGCUGAACGUCGAUCCAGACAGGGAAGAAGGGGAAGAUCUGGAAGACGGCCUGGACGCUUUUGAUGACAGCAGUUCCAGCCCUUCGGGGACUCUCCGAAAUUAUCCGUUGACCUGCAAAGUUGUUUAUUCAUACAAGGCUUCCCAGCCAGACGAGUUGACCAUCGAGGAACACGAAGUUUUGGAAGUUAUUGAGGAUGGAGAUAUGGAAGAUUGGGUAAAGGCGCGAAAUAAGACAGGCCAUGUGGGCUACGUGCCAGAGAAAUACCUGCAAUUCCCAACGUCCAACAGUCUCUUGAGUAUGUUGCAAUCACUGGCGGCCUUGGACAGCCGGUCCCACACUUCGAGUAACUCAACUGAAGCUGAGUUGGUUUCGGGAAGCCUCAACGGGGACUCCAGUGUAUGUUUUGUAAAAGCACUUUAUGACUACGAGGGCCAGACGGACGACGAACUAUCCUUCCCGGAAGGAGCGAUCAUCCGGAUCUUGAACAAGGAGAACCAGGACGACGACGGUUUCUGGGAAGGGGAAUUCAAUGGGCGCAUUGGGGUUUUCCCCUCUGUGUUAGUGGAAGAGCUGACCGCCUCAGAAAAUGGAGAGACCCGGUGCGCUGUGGAUGCUCAGAUCUCUCCGUCCCCCAAGCCUCAGAACUCUCUGGCGCCGCUUCCCCUCUACGACCAGCCACCCGUCAGCCCUUUCCACAGUCCUGAUAAAAGAGGCUCCCAGUUCUUCCCCAGAUCUCCGUCAACUAAUGAAAACAGCUUCCCUUCAAACUCUCCCGGAUUCUCUCAGCCGCUGCGACCUCUUCCCGAGAGCACCUCGUAUGGAAAGCUGAGACCUGUCCGAGCCGCACCUCCUCCCCCGACACAGCAGCAUCGUAGACCGACAGAGAAGAUUGAGGAUGUGGAGAUCACCCUGGUGUGACCAACGGGGGUGGACUGCGUGGCAAUGCUACAAUCACGGCCAAGUGUCAGCGACGUUUGGUCAGCUCUCGUUCUUGGGCACCUUUUCAUGAUGG